GAAAGGGCGAGCGGCUGGCCCCGGCGCCGACUGCGGAGCCGAGAGGUUGGAGAAUGGUCAUGAUCGGGGUUCCGGUUCGCAUCCUCUCUUUGCUGCUGGCGCCGCUGCUGCUGGGUUCUGCGGGCGGCUUGCUCAAUGUCACCAAGAGGACAUUUGAGAUCGACUACCAGAAGGACCGCUUCCUCAAGGAUGGCAAGCCAUUUCGCUACAUCUCUGGAAGCAUUCACUACUUCAGAGUGCCGCGCUUCUACUGGAAGGACCGGCUGUUGAAGAUGAGGAUGGCUGGGCUGAACGCCAUCCAGACGUAUGUGCCCUGGAACUUUCAUGAGCCCCAGCCAGGACAGUACCGGUUUUCUGAGGACCAUGAUGUGGAAUAUUUCAUUCGGUUGGCUCAUGAGCUGGGACUGCUUGUCAUCCUGAGGCCCGGGCCCUACAUCUGUGCAGAGUGGGACAUGGGGGGAUUACCUGCUUGGUUAUUAGAGAAAGAAUCUAUUGUUCUUCGAUCUUCUGACCCAGAUUACCUGGCGGCUGUGGAUAAAUGGUUGGGAGUCCUUCUACCCAAGAUGAGACCUCUGCUGUAUCAGAAUGGAGGGCCGAUUAUAACAGUGCAGGUUGAAAAUGAAUAUGGCUCCUACUUUGCCUGUGAUUUUAACUACAUGCGUUUCCUGCAGAAGCGCUUCCGCCACCAUCUGGGUGACAAUGUGCUUCUGUUCACCACUGAUGGGGCUCAAAAAAGCUUCCUGAAGUGCGGAACCCUGCAGGGCCUCUAUGCCACAGUGGACUUUGGAACAGCCAGCAACGUCACAGCUGAUUUCCAAACUCAGAGGAAGGUGGAGCCCAAGGGACCCUUGGUCAAUUCUGAAUUCUACACUGGCUGGUUAGACCAUUGGGGUCAGCCUCACUCCACAGUCAAGACAGAAGUACUAGCUUCCUCCCUCUAUGAAAUACUGGCCCGUGGGGCGAGUGUGAACUUGUACAUGUUUAUAGGUGGAACCAAUUUUGCCUAUUGGAAUGGGGCCAACACACCCUAUGCACCACAACCCACCAGCUACGACUAUGAUGCCCCACUGAGUGAGGCAGGGGACCUCACUGAGAAGUAUUUUGUUCUGCGAAAGGUUAUCCAAAUGUUUGAAGAGGUACCAGAAGGUCCUAUCCCUCCAUCCACACCAAAGUUCGCCUAUGGAAAAGUGUCUCUGAAAAAGUUAAAGACAGUGGAGGCAGCUCUGGACAUCUUGUGUCCUGGUGGACCCAUAAAAAGCCUUUAUCCCUUGACAUUUAUACAGGUGAAACAGUAUUUUGGGUUCGUGCUGUACCGAACAACUCUUCCUCAAGACUGUAGCAACUCAACAUCCCUCCACGCACCCUUGAGUGGAGUCCACGAUCGGGCCUAUGUCUCAGUGAAUGGGGUCCCCCAAGGAAUCCUUGAGCGAGCCAGUGUGACCCCUCUAAACAUAACAGGGAAAGCUGGAGCCACCCUGGACCUUCUGGUGGAGAACAUGGGGCGUGUGAACUACGGCAGAUAUAUCAAUGAUGCUAAGGGUUUGGUUUCUAAUCUGACCCUCGGCUCCAGUAUCCUCACAAACUGGACCAUCUUCCCACUGGGCACUGAGGAUGCAGUGCGCAGCCACCUGCAGGGCUGGGGUGGCCAGGAUGCUGGCUGCCAUAAUGAGAACUGCACUGACAGCUCGUCCAACGACACGCUUCCGGCCUUUUAUGUGGGAAACUUCUCCAUCCCCAGUGGCAUCCCCGACUUGCCCCAGGACACCUUCAUCCAGUUUUCUGGAUGGACUAAGGGGCAGGUGUGGAUUAAYGGCUUUAACCUUGGCCGCUAUUGGCCGGCACAGGGCCCCCAGAUGACCUUGUUCGUGCCACGGCACAUCCUAACAACCUCGGCCCCAAACAACAUCACGGUGCUGGAACUAGAGCGAGCGCCCUGCAGUGGCUGUGGCCCGGAACUGUGCACCGUGGAGCUGGUGGACACGCCUGUUAUCAACAGACCUGUGGCCAACAAUUAUUCCUUCUCAGAACUGCCUACUAAAGACUUGUGGCAAGACUAUGAAUGACGAUGGUGACCCUUUGGGAUUCUGGCCCCCCGCACAGACCUCGGACCUUGUUUUGCUGACAUUCUCAGGAAAGUGGGUUUAGAAAAUGAAUUUAGGGGAUGUGUUUUCACCUGAGGUCUCUUUGCAGCCACGCCGUGUCCAUGCCCCACCCUCAGGGGCCACCUUGGAUGUGUGAGGAAGGUGACAGCAGUGAUACCCAGGCAGAUCUGCAGAGUCGGAGUGGAAGCA